CUUCCAUUUCCCACUCCCACACACAAACGCAAGAAGCUCAGCGAAGCCGAGGCAAGCGGCUCAAGAAGAAAAGAAAAGCCUAGGAGGAGAGGCUCGAUCAAGGAGAUGAUGAGAAGCGAAGGCAGCACGAGCCCAGCGGCCGGGGGAGCCGCGUGCGCUGUCUGCGGCGGCGUGGCGGCGGUGUACUGCGCUGCGGACGCCGCGGCGCUCUGCACCCCCUGCGACGCCGCUGUGCACGCGGCCAACCUGCUGGCGUCGCGCCACGAGCGCGUGCCGAUCUCCAUGGCCGCCGUGGCGGCGGCGUCCGGCGUGUACGACGACCUCUUCGCGCCCGACGACGUCGAUGCGGCGUCGUCGUGGCCAGCGGCGGUCGCGCAGGGGCAGGGGAGUCCCCAGAACGGCAGCUCGUCGGCCAGCUUCACCACCAGCGACAGCGGCACCGAGGGCCGGAGCCUGUUCGACCUGCUCUCCGACGUCGACCUCGCGGCGGCCUGCGUCACGGGCGGCGGCGGAUACCUGCCGGACGGUGUUGCGCCCGUCCAUCACGGCGGUGCACCACUGUGGGCGCAGCCCGGCAUGGCCGCCGCGUGGGCGACCACAUGGUCUCCGGCGGACGCAGCGGCCGUCGUCGUCCCGGGCGCCGCCGCCGUGGUCGCCGCGGCGGCGGAGCGGGUGGCGAGGGUGCAGCGCUACCGCGAGAAGCGCAAGAACCGCAAGUUCCAGAAGACCAUCCGCUACGCGUCCCGCAAGGCUUACGCCGAGGCGCGGCCGAGGAUCAAGGGCCGCUUCGUCAAGCGCGCCGCCGGCGCCGCCACGUCGGACAACGCCGCCGCCGCCACGAACGCCUCCGACUCCUCCAAGUUCUGGCUCUCCUUCUCCGACGACGCCCGCGACGACGGCGUCGGGUUCUACGUCGACGCCGCGGCCUACGGAGUCGUGCCAAGCUUCUAGAAUGUUCCAGACACCUCGCGAAGAAGGUUUUGGAAAUUAGGUGGCCAUGACGUUUACGGCGGUGGCGUUCACCCAGCUUAAAACAAGUUAAGAAAUGGGCGAGGGCCAUGUCGCCAUGCUAUGGGCGCCAUUGUUUGUUUUGUCUCAUGUCAUUGUUGUGGUCAAUUGUUCGUGGUGAAAUUCCGCCAUCGCUAUUUUUAAAUGAUGGCCCGGAAUUUGGAUGGGUCAAUCGGUGAACUAGGGAUUCAUGUGUUGUAAGAUAGCCUAAGUAGAUGUUCACCAUUAGCUUUCAUGAAUUGAUUUUCUAUGCUAAGAUGAUUAGUUAUGUGGUGGUUUCUCUCUUGUAUCUUUACCGAGGGGAAAAUUGUAGCGAAAGUCCGCUAUUGGUAUUUUUUUUGAUGAUCAUGCGGAUUUUCGAUGGGUCAAUCGAUGAAGAAGUGGUUAAUCUUUGAUAAAUACUUACA